AUGCAAGAGAUCACUUCUUCUAACAGCAGCCAAAAACCUCGACGAGCAAUACGACCAUGUGAUGCAUGUCGCAAACGGAAGUCACGAUGUGUCGUCAAUCCAGCUUCCAGAAUAUGUACCAACUGCGAAACACGUCGAGAAGUCUGCACCUUCAGAGAAAAUGUCCCAGAAAGACCCAGAGUUCGCUCUCGAGGGCCACAAGUUCAAGUUGAGCCUGCAUCGAGCUCGCGGGGUCCCCAUGUCUUGAGAACUCUCGUACCAAGCUAUCCAACAAACGGAAGCAACUCAGCUUGGAGUCCAGUCAGCAACAACAGCACGAAUGCUUCUGCCACGGAAUUGACGUUCCAGACAGACCCGAACCCGACCAGUGCGUCGUUGCAUCAGAAUGACGACCAAGAUGUGGCCCCACGUGCCGAAUCUCACACGAGUCCGAGUCAGCUUGCUAUUGAUCCCUCCCUUGGACUUGCGUCAAGCAAAUUCGCUGAACUCUACGGACUCACGAGCGAUAUGGAGCCAAUAUUGAUGCGACAUCGACCAUAUCUUUCUCCGAACCAGGAGUUCCGUUUAGAAUCGCACAGCAUCCGCAGAGUGCUGCCGAACGAUCAAGGAAUGGAGUAUCCUGUAACCUUUCACGUUGUCAAUGAUAACAAAGCAGUCGAGUUCCAAUUCCACCAGACUGAGCAUGAUGCUAUCGAAGCUUGCAUCCGACCCCAUGGACCAAGAUUGCUCGACUUAUUUUGGAGAAUUAUGCACCCUUCAUUCCCUCUACUGUACAAGAAAGGCUUCAUUGAGAAAUACUCCCAAUCCUACCAACGCGUGUCAGCCCCUCUCCUUGGUGCAAUGUAUCUCAUUGCGCUAGGAUGGUGGGCGUACGAUCGAGAACUUUCUAAUCGGCCCAUGCCAGACGUCUCGAAUCUACGGAAACAGACAUUGUUAGCAAUCCAGAAUUCGUAUCACCGCCCCAAGCUUGACAGUAUUGAAGCAAUGCUAUUACUGCUGCAAUGUAAGCCCGAAGACCCAUUGAAUCCAGACCAUACUUGGAAUUGGGGAUGCACUGGCCAAGCAAUCAGCAUCGGCCAAGCAUUGGGUCUGCAUCUCGACGCUUCGUUGUGGUCAAUUCCGGAUUGGGAGAGAGGUUUACGGAAAAGGCUUUCAUGGACGAUCUAUAUGCAAGACAAAUGGACUGCUUUAGCACAUGGGCGACCAAGUCACAUCAAUGACGAUGAUUGGAUGGUGGUUGAUCUUGACAUCUCUGACUUCGAAACACGGAGCUCUGCAGAUGAUGGCGAGACACGGGUUGACAGCUUAUCAGGCGCUACUGAGGUUGUUCAAAUGGUGCAGCUUACUCGAAUCUUAAGCGAGAUCCUACGAGGAUUUUACUCACUCCGAGCAAGUCGAAAUCAAGACACUUGCCAGCUUUAUUCUCAGGCGAUGCCAAUACUGCAUGAGUUGAACACGUGGCGAAAUAGCCUUCCGCGUUCCUUGUGGAUGGACUACCAGACCGCCAGUCGGCUUUGUCCUAAUGGGUACCUCCAUCUAUCUUACUUCACUGUCAAAAUCACGCUUCUACGACGCCUCAUCAGGUCGACGGCACUUGAGCCUCUGUGUUUAGAUGUUGACAUUCUAACACAUACUCGACAAUUCGCUCAUGAGACAGCUCAGGAGGCCAUAGCAUUUGUUUCUGGCCUCCGCCCUGACCACCUCGAAGCAUUCUGGUAUUUUGCCUCGCCAUUUGGAUUCUCGCUCAUUGGAUCGUUUAUCACUUUGCUUCUGGUCACAUCGCGAUCUGAGCCGGAAAAGACGUUGUGGAGAGAACAGCUGAAUCGAUAUCUAUGGACUCUUCGUCUCAUGAGUAAAGCUUGCGAGCCGAUGAAAUACGCUGUCAACCGCCUCGAAGGUGCCAUUUUGAAGGGCAUGGAACAUGCUCUUGCGGUCCAACUGGACGAUCUUCUUACAGUUGCUGCCAGCCCACUUGAUAUGACAGACUAUACUGGAAUUUUCGAUCCUUUCGAAAACUUGGCCGGCCUCGAUCUCAGCAAUUUUGACUGGCUCAGUGCACAACCAUCAGAGUUUCCGCCAGUAUGA